AUGGAUCUGAUGGAUCCAAUGGAUUUUAGUUAUAUAAAAAAAAUGGAUCCAAUGGAUCUGAUGGAUCCAAUGGAUUUUAGUUAUAUAAAAAAAAUGGAUCGAAUGGAUCCAAUCGAUCUGAUGGAUCCAAUGGAUUUUAGUUAUAUAAAAAAAAUGGAUCUGAUGGAUCCGAUGGAUCCAAUGGAUUUUAGUUAUAUAAAAAAAAUGGAUCCGAUGGAUCCAAUGGAUUUUAGUUAUAUAAAAAAAAUGGAUCUGAUGGAUCCAAUGGAUUUUAGUUAG